AUGACCGAGCCGCAGGAGGAUAUGGAAGAGUGGCUGGCCAUUGUUGAAUCUGAGUUUGCUGCGAAAGUGCAGCCGAUUGAAGCUGAUCAGAUGGCUGCUGCAGUGAAGAUGAAUGCUGGCUCUGCUGCACACCACCUGGUGGAGAAGCAGCAUGAGAAGGAUGCCGAGCAAGUCCUGCACAAAAUCAACAUUGGCAAGAAUGCGGUGGACGACUUUGCCAAGGAAGUGGAACACUUGGCCACCAUGUGCAAUGCCGCUGGCGAGGCGGAAGCCUUGGGCAUCCUGAUGGAGGCUGCGCUGACGCUCCGGGAUCACGAUGGCAAACCCGGUAUUGAGGCAGCCUGUUGA